GUUGAUGUACGGUGCAUCCGACCUUCACUCCAGCAACCGCCCGAGUUCUUCUCGCCUAUUGGCUGUCGUUCGAAUAACCACGCGUAUGACUGGAUGGCGUGUAUGUCGAUCAAGUCGGCGCGUCUUGUGAUUGGUUGUUAUUCUUCGUCCUCCCCUGCUAGCUUUCUCCGAGCCGCUGCUCUGAGUGCUAGCACGUUUACGCUUCUCCUGCUUCGCUUUUCUUCUGUUUGUCCUGAAGGAUCUGGACGUGUGUUGAUAAAAAACGCUUGUUUAGAGCGACCCUGGCUGUAAGAAGGCGACAGGAGGAAGCAGUGUGUUUGUUUGGGCCGGUAGGAGACGAUUAGACGCGGACUAACAUGGCGGCGGUGUCAGUGGGGGUGAGCGGCUUGUCCGUGCCUGUGGCCCGGCUGGAGGGACGUGAGUUCGAGUACCUGAUGAAGAAGCGCUCGGUGACCGUGGGCCGGAACUCGUCUCAGGGCUCCGUGGACGUGAGCAUGGGUCACUCGAGCUUUAUCUCCCGCAGACACCUGGAGCUGUUCACCGCCGGAGAGGACCAGGGUGCAUCAGGAGACUUCUAUCUGCGCUGCUUAGGGAAGAACGGCGUGUUUGUAGACGGCGUGUUUUUGCGCAGAGGAGCUCCUCCACUACAGCUGCCCCGAGUGUGCACGUUCCGGUUCCCCAGUACGAGCAUAAAGAUCACGUUCACGGCGUUAGGGCAGGUGAAGAAGGAGUCAAAGGAGGCGGAGUCUCCGGUAAAAGCAGUGCAGCCUCGUAUCUCGCCGCUGUCAAUCAACAUCCCAGAUAACAUCGCUCACCUGAUGAGCCCUCUGCCCUCACCCACAGGGACCAUCAGCGCGGCUAACUCGUGUCCGUCGAGUCCCAGAGGUGCGGGGUCUUCAGGAUAUAAGGUGGGGCGUAUGGUGUCGUCAGACCUGCACCUGAUGAACGAUAACUCCCAGUCGGAGAACGAUAAGGAGGCGUCAGGAGGAGACAGUCCCAAAGACGACUCCAAACCUCCGUACUCAUACGCUCAGCUCAUCGUGCAGGCCAUCACACUCGCGCCAGACAAGCAGCUCACACUCAACGGUAUCUACACACACAUCACCAAGAACUACCCCUACUACAGGAGUGCAGAUAAGGGAUGGCAGAACUCCAUCCGACACAACCUGUCCCUGAACCGGUACUUCAUCAAGGUGGCGCGCUCUCAGGAGGAGCCGGGGAAGGGUUCGUUCUGGAGGAUCGACCCGUCCUCCGAGGGGAAGCUCCUUGACCAGGCCUUCAGGAAGCGUAGACCCCGAGGAGUUCCCUGCUUCAGGACCCCCCUGGGACCGCUGUCCUCCAGGAGCGCUCCAGCAUCACCCAGUCAUUCUGGAGUUCUUUCUGCUCACUCCAGCGGCGCCCAGACCCCCGACAGCCUGUCACGGGAGGGAUCGCCCGUUCCCUUGGAGAUAGACUCCUCCCCUGCUCCGCCCCCUGUGCAGCCGAAACUGGCUGUGAUCCAGGAGGCUCACCUGACACAGGCCACGCCCGUAAGCAGUGCUCCAGUGUUGAUAGCCGUACAGAGACCGGUGGUGUUCUCCUCCUCCACCUCCUCCACAGCUGCUCCUCAGACAUUGAUGCAGACUCUCCAUGUCCUCCAUCAGAUCCCCAUCAGUGCUGCUAAACCUCAGGAGAAUGGAGCAGCACACCCGGACCGCAAAGUGAAAGUAGAAGCCGUACCCACCAUCACCCACACAUCUGUAGGCUCAGCCAAUCGGAUCAUCCAGAGCAGCGCGGCCACGCCCCUACAGACGGUUACCAUAGUGCAGCAAGCCCCAUUGGGUCAGCACCAACUGCCAAUCAAGACCAUCACACAGAACGGCACCCACAUGGUGCCCAUCGCUACAGCCAGCACGGUGUCCAGUCCUCUCCACCUGUUGGCAGCCCACGCCUCCAUCUCUGCUUCUCUGCCUACUAAACGACAGAACGGAGAGAACGAGCAGCCUGAGAAUAAACGACAGAAAAUGGAGGUGCAGCAGCACAGCAUUACUUCCGACCCUAAUGGAACAGUUGAAAAGAACACGCCCACUGCUGUCAAUCAAGACUAGGCAUUAACAUGAGCCCGCCCCUUCUCAAAAGCUCCACAUCUUACUGUUCAUCUUAUUCAUUUCACUCUGUGUGUGUGUGUGUGUGUGUGUGUGUGUGUGUGUGUGUGUGUGUGUGUGUGUGGGGUGUCAUGUCCGUUACUGACUGUUCAAUACAAAGCAAAAAAUCCUAUUGGAUGCUCUGGAGUAAAACUCCACCCACUCACAGGCUCCUCCCCCUCCUGCUGUAUGGUGCUACUCAGUGCAGCAGCAACAGAUAUCAUGUCACACAGCAGCUUUAAGAUAUACACACACUGUUCUGCAGUAACCACACACACACACACACACACUCUCUCACACACACACACACACACACGCACACACACUUUCCUGAAUCAGAAGUUCAGUUCUUCUCCUCCACAUUCCACCACUCACCAGAGACAGCCAACAUAAGGGAUCAACUCCUCCUGGCAGCUAAGCCCUCCCUCUCACACACACACACACACACACACACACACAGGACAUAGUGAGACAUGCAGUAUUUUCUUAUGUGGAGCACAUUUUUUUUGCUUUUUGUGUACUAUGUGGACGUUUAUCGAGACAAAUGAAUGUCCUGGGAUCUCUGAGUCCUACAGAGCGGCCGUGGAGGAUCCUGGACUUCACACGUCUUCACGUUCGUUUAGGAAAAUCCUUUUCUUUUUCUUUUUUUUCUGUUCAAAUAGGAUUUUUGUUUUGUUUUUGUUUUGUUUUUUCUAUAAAGAAUUCUGUCUAUAUAACGAAUAAGCGUUCGUUUCCGCCCCGUCGAGUCCGAGCCUCUUUACUUUAUUUUCAUAUGUAAAAGAUGUGAUCAUACAAAAGUAAAUACGACAAUAAACACACUCGAGCCUGGAGCUGAAGACGGCAGCUAGACGUCCACAUCCGCGUCUCUCUCCCGUCCGCGUCUUCCUGUCCGCUCGGGCCGCUUCACCCGACAGGCUCUGUGCAGAAGGCAAGGCGUCGAGUCCUUUAAGGAUGUAGGAGUCGAGCAUCAGGAUGUAAGCUCCGCCCACUAGCCUGCAGGUUGUCCAUCACCGACUCCGUGUGUUUCGGGUCGGUUCAGUUUCUGCUCCGAUCUCGUCACCAGUCGAUCGUACGUGUUCCCGAGGACGCAAAUACGGAUAAAGAAGAAAAAAAGAUCAAUGUUUGUUCUGCUUCACUGGGAAAAUGCUUUUUUUAUAUAUAUAUAUAAAUUAAUUUAAACCCACCAA